AUGGCAGACAAUUUCAAACCCAAGGCUUUCCCAGACGUGCCGUCGAAGCUAUCUGCCCCAGCCAAGAAGUCGCUCUUCGAACGCCAGAAAGCCGAAGCCGAAGCCAAACGUGCCCGCGAACGCGCCGAGACAGCUGCGGUUUACGAAGACUUUGUCAAAUCAUUUGAAGAUGACUCACCAGCUCCCGAGCGCUCGACAUUCGAGGGAAAGCCAAACAGAUUCGGGAACAGGAACACUGGCUUUGGAGGAGGGCCUGCAAAGCGGCAUUUCACGAGCUCCGGGCCGCGCAUGAGCGGUCCUGGAACACUGGGACCACCUCCGCCAUCACUGUCUCGCAAACGAAACCACGAGGGGUUUCAGCCUUUACACCGGAAUAGAGAUUCUGCGCAAGGGACGCUCGGAUUUGAUAAUACUGCCAAUGCGGCUACGGCAUCUGCCUUUCGCGCCUCAGACGACGAGGAUGAGGGCGCUGCGGACGCGAAGGAAGCUGAGAAAGCUGCGGCUAAGCCGACCUUAUAUCUUGCGUCUCUACCCCCUGGGACGUCUCAAUCUGUUGUCAAGUCUCUGAUACCCACGGUGCUCAACGUCGAUAAUGUCAAGUUCCUACGACCUACGGGCCAGACCGCUACCGAGAGAAAAUCAGUGUCGGCUAUCGUGACCCUUGCUAGUGAAUCUGCCGCCUCUGAUAUCGAUAGCAGCGUCAGUGCUCUGCAAAACCGGUAUCUAGGAUGGGGUUACUAUUUGUCUAUCUCGAGGCAUCUGUCAUCUGCUGCGAUUGGCUCGACUGUUGCAAUCGGGCCGUCGUCCACGGGCACAUUACCAUUUGGCGCAAAAUCAGUGGCUCCGGAACUAGGGGGUCGACUGAACCGCGCCCCGCCGCCUGGUCUCCAUCGUGGUGGGUUUGCUCCUCCAAGCUCAUAUGGGCCUUCCUAUGGUGGCAGCAGCUCUACUUUGCAAGUGGAUGUGAAAGCACCAUCCGACCUAAAGCAGUUGAGGUUGAUCCACAAGACCUUGGAGAAUCUCUUAAACUACGGGCCCGAGUUCGAGGCUCUCCUCAUGAGCCGACCGGAAGUCCAAAGAGAGGAGAAAUGGGCCUGGCUAUGGGACGCAAGAAGCCCUAGCGGGGUAUAUUAUCGGUGGAAGUUAUGGGAUAUUAUCACAAAUGGCCGCUCUAAAGACCAACGAGGGCGCCUACUACCGAUAUUCGAAGGCGGCGCAAGCUGGAAAUACCCAGAAGCUAGCCUUACCUUUGAGCAUACCACUCGGCUGGAUGAACUUGUCUCUGAUGACGACUAUGAUUCGUCGGAUGAGGACAUGUCCGAUGGAGAGGAAGACCGACGUCAGCAGAGUGGAGCGCCUCCCACAGACGGACUUGGAGCGGGCAAUGAAGGGCUGGGCCAUAUGAAUCCUCUAAAAAAGGCAAAAUUGGCUCACCUCCUUGCACGACUUCCAACAACGCAUGCAAAGCUACGCAAAGGCGAUGUGGCGCGGGUCACUGCAUUCGCUAUCAAACACGCGGGCGCAGGAGCCGAUGAGGUGGUUGAGAUGAUUGUGUCAAACAUCAUCGAACCGUACGCUUACACUGGGGCGAACCCUGAUCGCGAGUUGGAGAAGGGACUUGCCCGCAAGGAGCAGAACGGUGACGAUGCCACUGCAGCGCCAAUAGAUGGCACAGGGAAGGAGAAGCUGGAUACGUCUUCUGCAAAGUUAGUCGGCUUGUACCUGAUAUCUGACAUCCUUUCCUCAUCCGCAACCAGCGGAGUGCGACAUGCCUGGCGAUAUCGACAGCUAUUCGAAUCAGCACUCAAAGCACAUGAGGUCUUUGAACACCUUGGGAGGCUAGAGAAAGAGCUGAGUUGGGGGCGACUGAGGGCAGAGAAGUGGAAACGUAGCAUUGGCUCCCUUUUACAUCUCUGGGAAGGGUGGUGCGUGUUUCCGCAAUCAAGCCAAGAGCAUUUCUUCCAGGUUUUCGAGAAGCCGCCGCUCACGGAGGAAGAACUGCGGGAAGAGAAGGAGAAGGCUGAGGUUGAACGAGCUGCCGCUGCAUUCUCCAAGAACAAGAGCCGCUGGAAGGCUGUUGACGAAGACUCGUCUGCUGCACGUUUUGAUCCAAGUCAACCCUCCGAAGCCAAACCAAGUCCAAUGGAGGUUGAUCAGGAGGUUCCGGAAGGUAUGGACGUCGACGGUGAGCCGAUGAGUGACAUUGAUGGCGAACCAAUGGAGGACAGUGAUCUAGAAGAUAUUGAUGGGAGUCCACUUGAAGAUAUUGAGGAAGGGGACAGCCCCCAAGAGCGACCUGAGACUGCAUCUGAAAAGCCCCCGGAGAUACCAGCUGGGUCGGUUCGCAAACUACGGCCCCGAGCAGAGGACAUGUUUGCAGACUCAGAUCCGGAAGAGUAG